AUGCUCAAGCUCUUAUUCCUGUUCGUGUUCAUUGGCCUCGUGGCCGGAGAAGAUGGCCUCCAAGCAUGGCUUCGUUACGCACCUCUUCCUCGUGGCCAUCACCGCUCUUCUCUUCCUUCGAGAAUUGUCGCGCUCAAUGACUCUUCUUCCAGUCCAGUCUACACCGCCGGGCAGGAGCUUCAAAAGGGUAUCCUAGGCAUUCUUGGAGAGGACCUUGAAAUCUGUGACUCCGCUCCAGCAGGAAAUUCAGCUAUUCUCGUGGGCACUGUUGGGCAGUACAAUAAAGUGUACCAAGAUGCAACGCUUCAUCCCGAUCUCUCGGAAGAUGGCUUCUGGCUGAGUACUCAGGGCACCACGGUGCGGAUCCUUGGUCAGAACGAACGCGGAGUGCUCUAUGGCGCUUUUGAAUACCUCUCAAUGCUUGCGCAGGGAAAUUUCUCAACAGUCGAGUAUCCGACCAACCCGUCUGCACCGAUCAGAUGGACCAACGAAUGGGACAACAUGGACGGCAGCAUUGAGCGAGGCUUUGCUGGGAACUCGAUCUUCUUCGACGAUGGAGCCAUCGUGGCCAACCUGACACGAGCGGCAGAGUACGCACGACUUUUGGCUUCGAUCCGAGUAAAUGCAGUCAUCGUCAACAAUGUCAACGCCAACUACACUACUUUACAACCGGACAACAUCGAAGGCCUAGGGAGAAUCGCGGACGUCUUCAGGCCUUACGGAGUCCAGCUUGGCAUGUCGUUGUACUUUGCCUCUCCCGCCAACAUCACCAAUCUGACGACAUACGAUCCCCUAGACAGCCGUGUCAUUGCUUUCUGGAAUGACAAGACGGACGAGAUCUAUCAACGUAUCCCAGACAUGGCUGGCUACCUUGUAAAAGCCAACAGUGAGGGCCAGCCGGGCCCCAUCCAAUACAACCGCACUCUUGCUCAAGGAGCAAAUCUCUUUGCGAAAGCGUUGAAACCUCACGGAGGCAUCUUGAUGUUUCGGGCAUUCGUAUACGAUCAGCUUAACGAGUCUGACUGGAAAGCCGAUCGAGCCAAAGCUGCCGUGGACUACUUCCAGCCACUCGAUGGCGACUUCGACGACAAUGUAGUCGUUCAGAUCAAAUACGGCCCCAUCGACUUCCAAGUCCGCGAGCCAGUCUCACCUCUAUUUGCGAAUCUCCGGAACACAAGCACCGCCAUCGAGCUUCAAGUAACGCAAGAAUACCUUGGUCAGCAAUGUCAUGUAAUCUACCUUCCACCACUGUGGAAGACAAUCACAAACUUCGACCUCCGAGUCGACAACUCCACUUCUCUCGUCCGUAACAUCAUGACUGGCCAACACUUCGACCGUCCCCUCGGCGGCUCAGCUGGAGUUGUAAACGUCGGCCAGAACACCACCUGGCUCGGCAGCCACCUCGCCAUGUCCAACCUCUACGCCUACGGCCGCCUCGCAUGGGACUGGACCGCAGACCCAACCGAAAUCUUACAAGACUGGAUCCGCCUCACUUUCGGCCACAACCAGCAAGUCAUCGACACAAUCACCGAAAUGUCCCUGGCCUCCUGGCCCGCGUACGAGAACUACAGCGGGAAUCUCGGGAUCCAGACAUUAACAGAUAUCCUCUACACGCACUUCGGACCCAACCCGCAAAGCCAGGACAACAACGGCUGGGGCCAAUGGACGCGCGCGGACAAAGCUUCCAUCGGAAUGGACAGGACCGUCUCAAACGGCACGGGCUACUCAGGCCAAUACCCGCCCGAGAUCGCCUCCCUCUACGAAGACAUCUCCACAACCCCCGACGACCUCCUCCUCUGGUUCCACCACGUCAAUUACACACACACGCUCACCUCCGGCAAGUCCGUCAUCCAGCACUUCUACGAUGCACAUUACGCCGGCGCUUUGACCGCCCACUCCUUCGUGGGCAUGUGGGAAUCCCUCAAACCCUACAUGGACACGGAAAGAUACGACGAUGUCCUCUUCCGCCAGAAAUUCCAAGCGGGCCACGCGCUCGUCUGGCGCGACGCAAUCACGAAUUUCUACCAUAACCUGUCCGGCAUCCCCGACGAAGCCGGGAGGGUAGGCCACCACCCCUGGCGAAUCGAAGCGGAGAGCAUGCGCCUCUCCGGGUACGAAAUCUACGCCGUGGCUCCGUUCGAAACGGCCUCGAACGCCACGGCCAUCGUCACGAGGUCCAAUUCUACGACCGGGACGGCAUCCACGACCAUCGCGUUUGAUUCGGGGGUAUACGAUCUCGCAAUCAACUACUACGACAUGUACGGCGGGAACAGCACGUACGAGGUGUGCAUUGGGGAUCAAGUGGUAGCGAAGUGGACGGGAGACAUCGUGGACACGGGAAAGCUGGGCCACACGCCGUCGAUUUAUCUAGAUGGGCAUUCGGCGACGCGGGUGACGUUUCCGGAUGUGAAGAUUCAGAAAGGGGAUGUUUUGACGAUUAAGGGCACGCCCGAUGGGAUUGAGCCGGCGCCGGUGGAUUAUGUUGCGCUGUUGCCGAGGGGGGUCGUUGAUUAG